AUGGACCGGGGCGCCCGCGCGGCGGCUCCGCGUGCCCAGGACCGGGCCCCGCCGCCGCCGCCGCCGCCCGCAGGGACGUCACCGCCGGUGGGCUUGGAGGAAGAGGCCGUCUACGAGUGCCUGGACUACGUCUACCUACGCGACUACCCGGCCUGCGGGGCCGGGCGCAGCAAGGGCCGGACGCGGCGCGAGCAGCAGCUGCGCACCAACCGGACGGUGCCGGGCGGCCACGAGCGCAAGAUUGCGCAGAAGCUGCUGGACGCGCAGCGCCGGCGGCGCCAGCGCCAGCUGCAGCCCCGGCCGCGCUCCCGCCUCUCCUGAGCUGGGAUACAUGAAGUAUUUUCACUGACUCCAACUGUAACUGUGCCACCAUGUUGCUCAACUGAACUGUUCCACGUUGCUUAAGUUUACUGCUUCAGUCUUUUCCUUACUAAUUGUUAGAUAAGACGUUACAUCCAAAUGCGUAUGCUUGUUUAGAGGUUUUAAUUAAAAGAGAACAGCAAGAAUGACAUUUUAACUCU